AUGGAAAUAUCAUCGAAGAGUUCGUUUUAUCAUAUUCAAUUGAAGGAUAUUUUCAAGAUAAUUGGUGUACUGCUCGUUCCAUUAACACUUGCUAUAAUUAUUGCACAAAAGCAGCGUCAACAAGAUGUUGAUCUAGCUGCUCAAGCAGAACAAGAGCGAGUUUUGGCUACUUAUUUACAGGAUCUUGCUGCCUUACUAUUGAAUAAAAAUACAACAUUCGACAAAAAUAGUGCUGCUUCCAGCGUUGUUCGAGCUAAAACAUUGACCACAUUAAUAAAAAUGGAUGCACAACGAAAACGUCAAGUAAUAUUAUUUCUAUAUGAAGCCAAAUUAAUUAAGCGCAACAGUAAAUAUGCAUCAAUUAAUUUAUUCGAUGCUGAUCUCGACAAUUUAGAUAUGAGUUUAUCUGAAUCAAAAAGUAAAUACUAUAAAACAUAUGACAUCAUGGAUAUACAACUUCGUGGAGCUUCUCUAGUCAAUAGUUCAUUUAAAUGGUGUCAUCUUGAUUUCUCAGAUUUCAGUCAAGCAGAUUUAAAAGAUGCCAAUUUCCAAUAUGCAAAAUUGUCCAAUGCCGAUUUUAGCUAUGCACAUUUGUCUAACACCGAUUUUACAAUGGCAAAUGUGAGUAAAGCUAUAUUUGCAUAUGCCAAUCUAAGUAACUCAAGUCUAUCAGAUGAACAGUUAUCAACAGCACUAACACUGCAAGGUGCUAUUUUACCGAAUUAUACAACUGCUCCAAUGAAAAAUUUGAUCAUAAAUGGUGAUGCAGAACAAAAAUGUUCCAAUAAUUAUGCUGUUUUUCCAUCAGAUUGGGUUUUAAUCAACGGUAGCAUUUCAGCAGAAGGAAGCAAAGUGACACAACAAUAG